AUGCCUUCCUCCCAACAACUGAUGCUGCCCUCCAUCUCGUUCCAUAAGAUCUCCGGGAAAGUUGUCGCAAUCAAAGUCUCAUCGAGGUUGACAAACAGUAAGAUCAACAAGCAUGCGAGGGCGCUUGUUCGAUUCAGUCUGCUUUACGUGCUCUUGAUGUCGGUGGUCUAUUCCAUCAGCAAGGACCUCGGCCAUUCGCCGCUCUUCGACUCCGAUCGUAACAGCAAGGAGCUGCUGAUCGCCAUACAGGGCGAGCAAGCUCGUAGGACACGAGCCCUGCUCUCAGGCAUGCGCAGCAACGCGAGUCAGAUCCUGAGGAGACUGUCGUCAAGCACUUGCGUCGAGUUCCUGUUCCUGAUCAUGACGCGGUCAUCGGAGCAGCGAGAUAGGUACCUCUACCUGUCUCGGACGGUAGUCAAGCUCCUUCCGAUACUCCUGCAGGACAACAACGCUUCCCUCGCAGUUGCGAGCUUCGGCAACUUCACCGCCCAGCUCGAGACUCUGUCGGAGUUUGUCCCGGUGAAGAACCACACCUUCAACAGGACAGACCCCGCGAGCAGCGACGAGUACCUGAGACAUCAGAUCCUUGACUACGCCAACUUCCUGCGAGACUGCGAGGGCUCUAGAGCCACCUACUGUGUGAUGAUGGAGGACGACGCUCUCUGCAGCUCCCUCAUCCUCAAGGUCUUGCGAUAUGUCCUGGGCUCUCUGCUGGAGACGCGUCGGAGGUUCGGCAUGGUCAAGCUCUUCAUGAAGGAGGAGUGGAUGGGCUUCGGAUUGGACGUGAUCCAUGAGAUCUUCUUCAUCUCCAUCCUGUCGGGCCUGCUGAGCUUCGUCCUGCUCCUUGCCUGCCGCUCUCGCCUCAGGAAAUGCUCCUUGUGCGACAGACUCCUCGGCUCCUUCGUCCUUGCCGUCGCCAUCAGCUUCGUCGCCGUUGCCAUAGGCAGGCCCUACUGGAUCCAGCUGCGCAAGCCUCUCGUCCUCGCGCACGCGCUCGUUUCCCCAUCCCCCGCUGCCUCCAAUGUUGGCAUCCUCUUCCCCCGCCAGGUGGUCGAGCCUCUUCGCCGGGCUCUGCUGGAGGAGGCCGCAAACUUGACCAAGCCCGUGGAACCUGUAGACGUGCUGGUAGGAAAACAGCUGGAGGCUUCUGAGCUACCGACGUACCUGGUGGUGCCGAACCUGAUAGAGCACAUCGGGUUCUUCAGCACAUCCACGAGCAAGCAGCGAGACUGGCGAGAGCACUUCGGCGUGUGGACGCCAUGA